GGUCUGUUCACAGUUGGGGACCCGUGACAACGUGGGUGCACUCCUCUCUCGGGGGGCUGGUUGGAUUGGAGGGCGUGGGAUCUAAACAGCACCAGCUGUCCCCGAGGAAAUUAGGGGCUGCCAGAAAAAAACAAAAAAGCCAAAAACCUAUGCUCCUUAUUCCGAGGUGACAGAGGGCCCUCCAGACAACCACCUGGUGUAACCACUAGGAAGGGCGGAUUUGGAGGUGACUUCAAAAGGAGUGGAGGGUAACAAGGUGAGGAAAGGGGCUCAGCAGCUGGAACCCUGUGCCACUAGAAAUGGGGGUGACUUGGUAAAGACCGGUAUCGUCCAGAGACAGGGUCUGGGAACCUCUUCUUGCUGAUUGGCGACAGUCUGGAUAUUUCAAGGCAUAGUUUUUGGGGGAUUUCAGUGAAAAAAAGUGGGGGAUUCUUCACUUAGAGGGUGGCAAAGGAAAAGACACCAAGGUUGGGUUCUUCCUAGACACUGGCAGCACCCCAGCAGGGGUGGGGUGAGCUAAUAUCCCCAAAGCUAAGGACCCACACCCUUAAAAUUACAAGAGUGGCUUUGGCAGGAGUGCAGGGCCCGGAAAUAGGGUGGAAAGGUGCCUGGGGAUAUUGGAACCACAUCCUGGAAAAUGUGAGGGUCUUGGCUUUGGGAUAGUGUUAGUGGGGGACAGGGACACUGGAGAUCAGAGAAGGGGGAGUUUUCUGUGGGGGGCAAAGGUCGAGGGUGGGGUCAACUGAGAGGUACAUAGGCUGCUGGGUCUGGCGAAGCCAGCACGAGGCCCAAGGGUGGGAGCUGGUGCCUGGGGUGGGGGUCGUCUAGGGCUUAUCCUCAGGUCCCGUGGGUGAGGCGGCGAGUCGGACCGGAGAGGCAAGACCAUGUCCUGGUGAGCUAGCGGGCUUCUCUGGGGGGGCCCAGCGCGCUCCGGGAGCCUGCCGGUUUUGGGGUGUCUCCUCCCGGGGCGCCAUGGCGGCACCGGCCAGCAGCCUGAUCCGGCAGAAGCGGGAGGUCCGCGAGCCCGGGGGCAGCCGGCCCGUGUCAGCGCAGCGGCGCGUGUGUCCCCGCGGCACCAAGUCCCUUUGCCAGAAGCAGCUCCUCAUCCUGCUGUCCAAGGUGCGACUGUGCGGGGGGCGGCCCGCGCGGCCGGACCGCUGCCCGGAGCCUCAGCUCAAAGGCAUCGUCACCAAACUGUUCUGCUGCCAGGGUUUCUACCUCCAGGCGAAGCCCGACGGGAGUAUCCAGGGCACCCCAGAGGACACCAGCUCUUUCACCCACUUCAAACUGAUCCCUGUGGGGCUCCGUGUAGUCACCAUCCAGAGUGCCAAGCUGGGUCACUACAUGGCCAUGAACGCUGAGGGGCUGCUCUACAGCUCGCGUCGUUCUGGCCGGUCCUGGUACCUGGGCCUGGACAAGGAGGGCCGAGUCAUGAAGGGAAAUCGAGUCAAGAAGACCAAGGCAGCCGCCCACUUUGUGCCCAAGCUCCUGGAGGUGGCUGUGUACCGGGAGCCUUCUCUCCACAGUGUCCCUGAGACCUCCCCUUCCAGGCCCCCUGCCCCCUGCCAUGCAGUCCCCGGACUGGAGGCUCCCUGCCCUCGCCACCACCACAGCCUGUCUCCCAGCCCUGCUUCUGGCCCUGCUCUCACCCCUGCUGCCACGCUCAUGCCCUGAGCAGCCAGGUCCCACCAGGUGCUCUACCCAGAGGGAGCCUAGGGGCCGGCCGUGACUUCCGGGGCUGCUGAGACCCUCAGAUCCUUGGGCCCGGGAAAGGGGUCAGAGAGGGGGAUGUCUGAAAAUGGUCCUGGCUGAUCACUUCUUUCCUUCCACACUCACACCCUCCAAAGCCUUUUCCCGAGAUGGCGCGGGGGGUUCCAAAACUGACAAAACCAGGGCAUAAAUCUUCUGCACCCCGGGCUCAGCCAGUUCCUGGAGCCCUUUGCCCUUUUCAUGGCCACCAAGCCAUAGAUUUAUAGGUCCACUGGAGCUCAGGAUUAGUUUCCUUCUUUCCCUACUCCACCUUUUGCCUUGUUCCAGACAGGUUCUGGAACACCAGGCACCCCAGCCAGGGCCAUUUCUGCACUCAGGGUCUGUGCUGGAACACAGGCAUGCUGCCAGGCUCUGUCCUGGAUCCAUCAGGCUUCUGUCCUUCACCCAGAUGGACCCCUGGUUUCCAAGUGGAGAGAGGCUGGAUUUGGGCCCUGUCCAGCUGUUGGUCUUGGCCUGAAUUGAGCCAGUCUCAGAUCACCACAGGUUUAACUUUCUUACCCCAGAGACGCCCAAUUCUAGAGCGUGAUGUUCUAGACACGUACGGAGCCAUACUUCCUUCUGAAUCUCAGCUCUAGGACAUAGACCACGACUCUCAGCCCUUCCCUCUAGGAUGGAACUAGAGCCUAUAUAGCCAUGUUAUUGCUCUAGAGUAAGAGUUCUAGACCCACGCUCCCACCUUCUCUAGUGAUACCUGUUAAGCAGGAGCUCUGGAAAGGACACAGCUAUGAUUCACAAAGAACUAAGUUCUGGAUGGAUCAAGAACCACUUCUUGUUUUCCCUAGACAAUUUUCCAAAAAUCUUAUUCUUCCUAUAGAAUGCUAACCUUAUUUUUUACAUGCAGUUUCUAGCUCCUGCAACUCAGCUGGGGUCCUGCCAGGGAACAGAGGCUGAGGAAGGGCAGAGGAAUUUUGGAAGGAAUCCCUGGCUCAUAGAAGGGCAGCUAGGAUGGGGAAGGGGCCAGAACUAUGGCAUGACUGGACCUGUGCCUGGGUUGGGGGGACAUGAACACUUAGCUACCUCAGCAGGAAUUCCUUCCAGGUCCCCCUUAAAGCUGAGGUCUUUAGGGUAAUGGGUCUAGAAUAAAAAAGACAAAUGGGACAUAGCUUUGACCCCCCCCAAAUGAGGAGACCCCAAUUCAGCAAUAAGUCCCACCCUUCUCCCCUACGGGUCAGGCUAAGGAGGGUGAGGGCCUCUUGGUCUCUAGACCUCAUACACCCCUCCAGCUUCUAACUGAACAGAACUUGCUUUACCUCAGCUGGAUGUCAGGUACCCAAAAAGGCUCUGCUCCCAGGGGACCGGUCUCCACUCCAUGCUUUCUCAAUUAAAGACGAUUUAUACAA